GGAGAGAGAGAGAGAGAGAGGGAGAGAGCGCAGGAGGAAGGGAGGGAGACAGACAGAGACAGACACGGAGGGAGAGGGAAAGAGGCUGGAAGGAUCCUGAAACGAGGAAGAGAAAGAGGUGGCCUGAACCUCGCUGGAUUGUCUUUCUCAGCACACUGGUGAAGCUUUGGGUUUGUGUCUUAAAGGAUUCGCUUCAGAAGUCCACAAUUUGAGCUCUCUCCUUCCUGCUUGCUGCUUUCUGAGGUGGCUGGAUGCUUCCGUGAUUUAUGUGAAUCUAGACUGGGCUGUUGUUCUCUGUGCUAAACCAAUCAAUUACGAUCCUUCUCUUAAGAGUGUGCAGUGAGGGGUCCUACUCCCUCCUUUCUACUUCCUCUGUGGUCCACCUUACUUUUUAUCCUGCCCCGCGGCGGCUCCUCCCCUAACCUUCAUGGACGACUCAGAGGUGGAGUCGACCGCCAGCAUCUUGGCCUCUGUGAAGGAACAAGAGGCCCAGUUUGAGAAGCUGACCCGGGCGCUAGAGGAGGAACGGCGCCAUGUCUCGGCGCAACUGGAACGCGUCCGGGUCUCACCACAAGAUGCCAACCCACUCAUGGCCAACGGCACCCUCACCCGUCGGCAUCAGGUAACCCUCUCCCCAUCAGACCUGCAGAACGGACGGUUUAUGGGCGAUGCUGACCUUGAGAGACAGAAAUUUUCAGAUUUGAAACUCAACGGACCCCAGGAUCACAACCACCUUCUGUAUAGCACUAUCCCCAGGAUGCAGGAGCCAGGGCAGAUUGUGGAAACCUACACAGAGGAGGACCCUGAAGGAGCCAUGUCUGUUGUUUCUGUGGAGACCUCAGAUGAUGGGACCACCAGACGUACAGAGACCACAGUCAAGAAAGUUGUAAAGACAGUGACAACACGGACAGUACAGCCAGUCCCCAUGGGACCAGAUGGGCUGCCUGUGGAUGCCUCAUCAGUCUCCAACAACUAUAUCCAGACUUUGGGCCGUGAUUUUCGAAAGAAUGGCAGUGGGGGCCCUGGUCCCUAUGUGGGGCAGGCAGGCACUGCAACCCUUCCUAGAAACUUCCACUAUCCUCCAGAUGGAUAUGGCCGACACUAUGAAGAUGGUUAUCCAGGUGGUAGUGACAACUAUGGCAGUUUGUCCCGGGUGACCCGAAUUGAGGAGCGAUAUAGACCCAGCAUGGAAGGCUACCGGGCACCCAGUAGACAAGAUGUCUAUGGUCCCCAGCCCCAGGUUCGAGUAGGUGGGAGCAGUGUGGAUCUACAUCGAUUUCAUCCAGAGCCUUAUGGGCUAGAGGAUGACCAGCGCAGCAUGGGCUAUGAUGACCUAGAUUAUGGCAUGAUGUCCGAUUAUGGCACUGCCCGUCGGACAGGAACACCCUCGGACCCUCGCCGACGCCUCAGGAGCUAUGAAGACAUGAUUGGAGAGGAAGUGCCACCAGAUCAGUACUAUUGGGCUCCUUUGGCUCAGCAUGAGCGGGGAAGUUUAGCAAGCUUGGAUAGUCUGCGAAAGGGAGUUCCCCCACCUCCAAACUGGAGACAGCCUGAGUUGCCAGAAGUGAUUGCCAUGCUAGGCUUCCGCUUGGAUGCUGUUAAGUCCAAUGCAGCUGCAUACCUGCAGCACCUGUGCUAUCGAAAUGACAAGGUGAAGACUGACGUGCGGAAGCUGAAGGGUAUCCCGGUGUUGGUAGGAUUGUUAGACCAUCCCAAAAAGGAAGUGCACCUUGGAGCCUGUGGAGCUCUCAAGAAUAUCUCUUUUGGGCGUGACCAAGAUAACAAGAUUGCCAUAAAAAACUGUGAUGGUGUUCCUGCCCUGGUCCGAUUGCUCCGAAAGGCUCGCGAUAUGGACCUGACUGAAGUCAUUACUGGAACCCUGUGGAACCUCUCAUCCCAUGAUUCAAUCAAAAUGGAGAUUGUGGAUCAUGCACUGCACGCCUUGACAGAUGAAGUGAUCAUUCCACAUUCUGGUUGGGAGAGAGAGCCUAAUGAGGACUGUAAGCCACGGCAUAUUGAAUGGGAGUCAGUGCUCACCAACACAGCUGGCUGCCUUAGAAAUGUAAGCUCAGAGAGGAGUGAAGCUCGCCGGAAACUUCGGGAAUGUGAUGGCUUAGUUGAUGCCCUCAUUUUCAUUGUUCAGGCAGAAAUUGGGCAGAAGGAUUCAGACAGCAAGCUUGUGGAGAACUGUGUUUGCCUCCUUCGGAACUUAUCAUACCAAGUUCACCGAGAAAUCCCACAGGCAGAACGUUACCAAGAGACACUUCCCAGUGUGGCUAACAAUACUGGGCCACAUGCUGCCAGUUGCUUUGGGGCCAAGAAGGGCAAAGAUGAGUGGUUCUCCAGAGGGAAAAAGCCCACAGAGGAUCCAGCAAAUGAUACAGUGGAUUUCCCUAAAAGAACUAGUCCUGCUCGAGGCUAUGAACUCUUAUUUCAGCCAGAAGUGGUGCGAAUAUACAUUUCACUCCUUAAGGAGAGCAAGACACCAGCCAUCCUAGAAGCCUCUGCUGGAGCUAUCCAGAACUUGUGUGCUGGGCGCUGGACAUAUGGUCGAUACAUCCGCUCUGCUCUACGUCAAGAGAAGGCUCUCUCGGCCAUAGCUGAUCUCCUGACCAGUGAACAUGAACGAGUAGUGAAAGCUGCAUCUGGGGCACUGAGAAACCUGGCUGUGGAUGCUCGGAACAAAGAAUUAAUUGGGAAACAUGCCAUUCCUAACUUGGUAAAGAAUCUGCCGGGAGGUCAGCAGAACUCCUCCUGGAAUUUCUCUGAAGACACUGUGGUCUCCAUUUUGAAUACCAUCAAUGAAGUUAUUGCGGAGAACUUGGAAGCUGCCAAAAAGCUUCGAGAGACCCAGGGUAUUGAGAAGCUGGUGUUGAUCAACAAAUCAGGGAAUCGCUCAGAAAAAGAAGUCCGGGCAGCAGCUCUUGUCUUACAGACGAUCUGGGGCUAUAAGGAACUUCGGAAGCCAUUGGAAAAAGAAGGAUGGAAGAAAUCAGACUUCCAGGUGAAUCUAAAUAAUGCAUCUAGAAGCCAGAGCAGCCAUUCAUAUGAUGAUAGCACUCUCCCCCUCAUUGAUCGGAACCAAAAACCAGAUAAGAAACCUGACCGGGAAGAAAUUCCAAUGAGCAAUAUGGGGUCAAACACAAAAUCAUUAGAUAACAACUAUUCCACACUGAAUGAAAGAGGAGACCAUAAUAGAACACUGGAUCGAUCUGGGGAUCUGGGUGAUAUGGAGCCAUUGAAGGGAGCACCCUUGAUGCAGGACGAGGGGCAGGAAUCUUUGGAGGAAGAGUUGGAUGUGUUGGUUUUGGAUGAUGAGGGGGACCAAGUGUCUUACUCCCCCAUGCAGAAGAUUUAGCACCACUCUACCUGCUCCAUCUGAGCAUAUAAUAUAUUACUUUUAUUUUUGGUGGUGAAAUGGACUGAUGAUUUUUUUCUUUUCUUCGCUGGACUAUUGUGCCAACUGCCAGGCUGCCUCCUACCCUUAAAGCCCAGAGUGGCUGCCUUCAUUCCAUCAAUUCCCAAACUUCCACUGAAGUUAAUCGUCCUGUCCUCCCAUCCCCUACUUCCAGUUUCCCCAAGAAACUUGACUCAGUUAUUUGCAUAUCUUGAGAAACUGCUGCAGAUUAGCUCUUUUUGCCAGCCCUCCUUGGACUGUUGGCCUGUGUGGGAGGGAGGGAGAGAAUGGAACUCUUCGCUGGAAGCUGUGGGAAGAACUGAAAAUUGCAUUCAGCAUUCUGACCAACUGAUGACUUUUAAUCAAGACUAUCUUUCUGGUGGGGAGGUAACUUUUAAUUUUGUUUUGGAUAAUGGGAACUGUGAGUUCUUCCCUUAUCCAGUGGCUGUUUUUGAAGCCAAGAAGGCUGGAAAUAUUGGCACAUUCCACCUGGCAAGGGCCCUCGAGUAAGCGAGGUACUCCUCAAACUGGGAUUGAGAACUCGUUUGUCCUGUCUGAGACAGGGACCACAAAGGACCUUACAGACUCCAUCUCUUCUGUCAGCUUCAGGCCAACCUUGGGGUGCUGCCCUGACCAAGGCUGUCCUCAACCCUCCUCUCUUACCCUGUGAUAAAUCUGCUAACUUGACCUGACUGUUUGCAAGAGGCUAUGUAGAAAAGAGAAUACCAUGGAACACUUCUUGCUUGAGAAGAAACAGAAAGCUUGUCUAUUGGGGAGAAGAUGAACCUCUAGGAGGAAGUAGAAGGAAUGUACAUGAAGCCCUUAGUCUGAGACUGGCAGGAAGCUUCAAGGCUGGCUCUCCCCACCUUCCCCGCCCCCUUUCUUUUCUUCCUUUAUAGGCUUGUCCCUCCUUUUCUCCCUCCCUGGAUUUGUUGGCCAACUACAAGACUUGUACAUAACUCCUGCCCCCUUUGCCCUUCUAAGGUAGGAGUUGCCCUGGCUUUGCCUCCUCUUUGUGCCUUUGGCCUGGGGUGCAUCUCCUCCCUCUCUUCCACGUGCCUUUCUUUGCCUUUGCAGUCUCAUUUCUCAUGAUUUUGCAAGUUAGAUUUUAUUUUCUUAACCACUGUUGACCCUCAGUAGCUGAAGGGAAGAAGAGGAGUGAUGACCUAAAGAAGCUCAAGUCCCUUUGGGGCUUGUUAUAGCCUCUGGGUUAGCCACAGCAGGCUUCUGCUCAACGGUGUACAGUAGGGAUUGGUGACUAUCCCAUCUUGAUUAAGUCUCAAAGUGAGGCUGGUAGGAAGGAGUGCCAUGACUCUAUUAGUCGUCCCCUGUUCCCAUCAUCUCUGAAAGCUUAUAGGGAAUUAAGGCUUUCUGGCCAGUUCCUUUGCCUCCAUUAUACCCUUUCCAAUUGUAGGGAAUGUUACAGGUUGGGCUGGAGAAUCAGCUACUAUGUGGGUUGUAUUUUUUUGUUUUGUUUUGUUUUUUAUUUUUUUUCCUUAUUUGUUCUCAUUCCUUAAUCUAAAAAAAAAAUCUGUUCAAUGCAACUGGAAUUCUUCAUCCCUCUUGUCCUGUUCCUUAAUAUAUUGAGGCUAUGGGGUAGGAGAAAAGUGCACAACCCACCAAUCCCUUUUUUUUCCUCCUUUUUUUUCCUGUUUGCUUCCCUCCAUUUCUUCCUACCCCCAUCCACCUUUUCUGGCAAAAAGGAGCCUCUCCUUGUGACCCUCAGUACCCUGCACAGGGAGCCUCCCCCACCCAGACCUGGCUCUGUUCUCAGUUUCUCUUGUUCUCCUCUGCUCUUCCUGGUGCUCUUGUUUUCGGUGGGGUGUGGGUACUAGAAUAGCCAUGGGAUUUUGGGGACCUUUAACUGUUUUGUUUUUUCCUCUUUCAUUUAUAAAAACACUAAACAUUCAAUUUCAGCAAACCAAAAAUCCUACCUUCCCACCGAACACUACUAAGGGGCAUGUCUUCUGCUCUGUAUCUUCUCUUUUUCUUUCUCUCUUGUUAAUGCUUUUAAAAACAAAUGAGUUUUUUAUAUAAAUAAAGUUUUUAAAGUGUG